UCGCGCACAUAAUCAACUUCCUGAAGAAAAGCCGGCGUUAGACUUAGAAACGUGGAAACAGUAACCACUCAAAUUUUCGAUGAAAAUCGGGGUGCGAGUAAUGCUGGCACGCCUCCAGCGUCAACUGAGGUGUGAGGAGUCACGUUGGCUUCUACUUUCAGUUUUGUUUUGUCUGAACUUAAGCGUAACACAUGCAAUCGGUGAUGUCUUUUGGGCUGUGAAUUGUGGAGGAGAAGCCCACACCGAUGUUCAUGGGAUUCGGUAUCAAAAAGAUCCCGCUCAGGUGGGAAUUGCAUCAGACUAUGGGAAAACUUUGAUGAUCGAUAGAGUAGUUCCACAAGAUCAGAUCCUUUACCAAACAGAAAGGUAUCACAUGUCCACGUUUGGAUAUGAGAUCCCCAUCAAAGAAGAUGGUGAUUAUGUUUUAGUGCUGAAAUUCUGUGAAGUUUGGUUCACAUCUCCAAAUAAAAAGGUAUUUGAUGUGACAUUAAAUGGUGAACACACUGUUGUUGAAAAUCUGGACAUCUACAACAAAGUGGGCAGAGGAGUUGCUCAUGAUGAAAUCAUUCCUUUUUCUGUUAGAAAUGGAAAAUUAAAAGUCAAUGGUGAAACCUCUAAGAUAAAUGGAAAAGUCUCUGUCGAGUUUAUUAAGGGUGAAUAUGACAACCCCAAAAUCAAUGCAAUGUAUGCCAUGAAGGGCACAGUUGAAGAUGUACCAAGCCUAGCCCCCUUCCCUGGGGCACACAGAGAGCAAGAGGAGGAAGAGGAAGAAGAGGAAAUCAACGAGUCAAAGCCCACAAAGUCACGUCGCCCCUCUGGACCCAAAGUAGUGGACCCCUACUCCGAGGACGAUACCAGCACCAUCCUUCUGCCUGUUUUUGUUGCUGUAGGAGCAUUCUUCCCACUUCUGUUUUGUUUGUGUAAACUUUGAUCAAAUUUAGCACUUUUAGGUCAUUGAGUGUAUUUAAUCAUUUUACAAGGUUUUAAUCAUGCAAACAAAAAUAUGAAACAAGGUUAUAUAAUUUAGUCCCAAAGAAUGAUUUUUUUUCUGAGUAUUUACAUAAAAAAAGAAAAAUUAAGGUAAUUUAGGGAGGUUUACCACGCCUGGAAAAGGUUAUCCAAAUGUAUAGCAUUUAAUAUAAAUAAAAAUAAAGUAUUUAAUAUAGUAAAUUUUAGUUUUAAAUACUAUGAAAUUCAUGUUCAUAUAUGCAUAAUUAAAUGAAAAAUACAGCACUUGUAGUCUUAAUCACUGCCAAAAAAAAAAUUUAGAAUCCCUUGUUGGGAUGUAAUCACAGAUGGUCAGUUUAAUAAGCUAAUUUAUACUUUAAAGCUACAAGGAUAGACAGUAUAAAUGAUUAGUACCAUUGAUAUGAAAUGGACCAUUAGUACUUCAUCUCUAUUUGUGAUGUACACAUGAACUUUCUUUUGAAAAAAAAAAAAAACUUUGACACUGUGUGAUGCCUCCUUAAAGAAAAAAAACAUGAUAUUUGAUAAAUAUUCAUCAUUAAUAAAUUUUUUGAAUUUAUCAAGUAGGAUCAUUUUUAGAUAACUUGGGAAGAACUGUCAUUCAAGAGUGGUCCCAUGUAAUCAUUGUACAUCUGCUCAGACCGCUUUAUGAAUGUCUGUCAUAGCCCUGUUACCAUACAUCUCAGGUUUUUACAUUACACCAAUCUCACCUUGCCAUACUACAUAAAGGAAUUACCAUUUGUACUGUUUCUUAUAUAGGAUGUAGCGAUCUAAUUUCUUAUAUAAAAGUGAAUAUUAACAACCAUAUUUUUUAUACAUUCAUUAUAAUACUAUCAAUCCUUUUAUGUGCGGUAUCAGUCCAUUUGAUUUUAGUCAAAGAAAUGAUUCAAAUACCUAUGUACAUUGUAAUAACUGAAAAAAGGCCUUACAUGCAUCAAGGGAGAACAAUACCAUUUGUCCAAUAUAAUUGAAUAUUUUAUGUAACUUUGACCAUUUCUUAAAAGAAGAUGGAGAUAAAAAAAAAAUAAAUAAAAAAAAAUGUGGUACAUGUAUACUAUAAAGGGAUAAAUUCAGUGUAUACCAUACAGGGGAAAAUUUGGGACAAACUGUUUUUGAAAGAGGAAGUGACUGGCCAUAGUUAUCUCUCUUUAGAAUGAAGAUUUUUGCUGUAAAAAUGGAAACUAAUUUAAUUUUAAAAUCUAACACUAUCCUUUCUGAUGGUUAGAAAAAAAUGACAUGAAUAACCUAUAGUCUAAAAAACAAACUGAAGCAAAUUAGGUCAAAAUGUGAGGUUUGUGAAUCAGCAUUAGUUACUCAGUUGUUGCAUCUCAACUAAAGUAUUGCAGAGUUACUCAUCUUGGU